CGCGGAAGGAGGAACAAGAGUCAGUGUACAUCAGACAGCGAGGAGGAGGAGGCACGUGCGUCUGUCCUCUCCUGCCCGCUAGACUCCCUCGUUUAAGGGCCACCUCCCCCCCCCACCAUGUACUGCUGGGGGUCAACCGUGAAUGGGGAGUUGGGGGUCGGGGCGCCAGAGGUCGAGCAGGUGACCUUGCCGACCUUUAUGGAUUUCUCCGAGUCUUGGCGGGUCAAGCAAGUGGCAUCCGGACUGACCCACUCGCUCUUUCUUUCUGAGGACGGGUUAGUGUACAGCUGUGGCAACAAUGAGGUCGGCCAGCUCGGACACACCAAGAUCACAAGGCGUCCUGAACAGAUUGACAGCCUUCACAACUACAGCAUCUCACAAGUGGCAGCUGGUGAUCAACACUCGCUCGCUCUUACCUCCUGGGGCCUGAUCUAUGCGUGGGGUGACAAUGGCUUCGGACAGCUUGGGGUGAAUUCCUGUGACAGCUUUUCCGACACUCCGAAGUUGGUGAAGACGCUGGCUCGGCAGGUCACAGUGCAGGUCACCGCGGGCGCCAACCACUCCCUCGCGCUGACCAGUGACGGCAGUGUUUAUGCUUGGGGCCAAAACACCUUAGGGCAACUGGGACUGGGGCACAAAAACGGACCCCAGAGAGACCCGGCCCUUGUGACCUCCCUAGCCGGCACCCCCCUAGUGCUGGUGGUGGCCUCGGGUCAUCACAGCGCCGCCCUGACCCAGGCUGGCUUUCUCCUUGUGUGGGGGUCAAACAAACAUGGCCAGCUUGGGUACACUCCUAAGUCAGACCCACUUGUCAGUGACACCCCAGCGUUAGUGCCAAACCUUGCCUCCUAUUCCGAGCCGGUCCGCUAUGUGGCACUGGGAGAGAGCCACACUGCCACACUCGACUCACUGGGCAAGGUGUGGACCUUUGGCUACGGGCGAUAUGGUCAGCUGGGUCACGGCACCACCGACAACUGCCCCAUACCUCGCACAGUGCUUGACCUUUGUGGCUCCAAGGUCAGCCAGGUCGCAUGUGGGAGAGGUCACACACUUGUCUACAUCCCGUCACAGGGUCACGUGUAUGCGUUUGGCCAGGGGUUCUCUGGGCAGCUGGGCACCAAGACACCCCACAGCCGGGCAAUGCCGCAGGUGGUGGUGGGGCCCUGGCUCUCCCCGGGGGGUGCCAGCCUGCUAGACAGUGACGAAGAGUGCCCCAGUGUGUAUGUCAAACAGAUCUUCGCAGGGGGUGACGUCAGCAUGGCUAGUGUCAGCAAGGAGGGGGGGGUGGCUCCUGACUUCUGCAGGCCCCCACAGACCCCCCCAAACGCCUCCUCAAACGGCCCCUAUCCAAACAGCCCCCUUAGAAUCCAGGAGUGUUUUAUUAAGCAACUUUUGUCAAUCGGAGAAGAUGACAUGAUUGAUGAUGAUUUGUUUAAGUACACGGAGACGGCGUUUGCCUCAGUGUGCGCUUGGAACAGCUCCUUCACGCUUGCUGGCUCACACAAACACACGCAUGGAUUGGACUACCGUUUGGCUGAAGAUUGUGUCGCUCAAAUUGGCCGUAUUUCUAGGGAGAGCAUUCAGGAAGUGAUCCACGCUGGUAUUCAAAACGUGGCGAAGAGUCUUCCUUCACGUCCCCCCAGCCAGGAUGCCUUGCGCUGUUACGUCCUUCUUCCUCUAUACAAGGACUUAGAUGCAAAACAAAUACGGAAAUUCCAAACACCAUAUGCUGAAGCUGUCUUGAAGCUUAGCAAGGACAUGGCGGAAGUCUUCAGAUCAUGGCUUGGUGUCCUUCCUGUGGAUUUCACCCAGCGAUUGGUGACUGUCUAUAAGAGUGUCGUAGUGCAUAUACUGAAUGCCGCCCACCAGUCCUGCUCAAAGACGGACCGACGUGCCCUGGUGUCAUCCCUGCGUCUCCUGUCUCUAAUUCACUCCCUCAAUUUCCAAGCGGGGUGUCGAGUCGGCCGUUUGAAUUACGAUGACUUUUACAUCCCGGAAAUCGCUGAGAAGAUUGACAUCAGGAACGAUUAUCUUAACUGGAUGAAUACGAAGCUUCACCCGCUGUCCAGAAAGGAGAGUCCGAUCCUCUUCUGUGAGUAUCCCUUCUUGUUCGCCCAGGCCAAGACUCUCCUGCUUAGGUGUGAUGCUACAAGACAGAUGCAAGGGGCAAUCCAAGCGGCCGUUUUAAACAGUAACCCAAUGCUGUGGCUGUUUGACCCCUCACAAGUCCAGUUUCUAAACAUCCACAUUCGAAGGACACACAUAGUUGAGGAUACUAUUGGCCAGCUCCUGCACCAUGAGGUCACAGAUUACAAACGCCCUCUUAAGGUGCACUUCAUCGGGGAGGAGGCGGAGGACGCUGGAGGAGUUAGGAAGGAGUUUUUUCUACUACUCCUGCGAGACAUCCUCAAUCCUGACUAUGGAAUGUUUAUGGAGUAUCCCGAGACACGUAGGAUUUGGUUCAAGGAGGGUGCCCUGGAGACUGCCGCCACCUAUGUCCUCAUUGGCAUAGUGUGUGGGCUGGCUAUCUAUAACUUCACCAUCAUCAAUCUCCCUUUCCCUAUCGCCCUCUACAAGAAGCUGCUAGGGGAGGCUGUGGGCUUAGAGGAUCUUGGUGACCUUGACCCCACGCUGACCAGGUCUCUCCGUGACUUGCUGGAGUAUGAGGGGGAGGACGAGGAGGAAGUUUAUGGCCUCAACUUCACGGUGACUGAGGACAACUUCGGGGAGUGUAAGAGUGUUCCGCUGAAGGCCGGCGGGGAGGACACACCCGUCACACACCUGAACAAACAGGAGUAUGUGGAUCUGCUGGUGGACUACAAGCUAACCACAAGCAUUGACAAGCAGUACAAGGCUUUCCACGAUGGAUUCUACAGAGUGUGCGGCGGAAUUGUCCUCAAACUCUUUCAGCCAAUGGAACUGAUGGACCUGGUGACUGGGAACGAGAAUUAUUCGUGGAAGGAACUCCAGGAAAACACUGAAUAUAAGGGUGAGUAUUUUCCGAACCACCCUGUCAUCUUAACGUUUUGGGAAGUGUUCCACGAGCUGUCACUGGACCAGAAGAAGCUGUUUCUCAAGUUCCUCACAGGCACUGACAGGGUUCCCAUUCUCGGCAUGAAGGCCCUCAAGCUGAUCAUCCAGAGCACAGCAGACGACAGCUUCCUCCCGGUGGCUCACACAUGCAUUGCCCAGCUUGACCUUCCCAAGUACAACACAAAGGAGAAGCUUAAAUACAAGCUUCUACAGGCCAUCCAGCAGAGUGAAGGGUUUGGCCUGGUGUGAGGGGGGGGUGUCAGGGUGUGUGUUAGGUGUGUUUUGAGUGGGUGAGGGUGUGUUUGGGUGUGUUUUGGGGUGUUUGUGGUGUGUUAGG